UAAGGCAAUUUAUGUCACUGUCAUAAUGUAUUUGUAAGUCAAGGACAUUUUUAGUGAUUUCGGCAGUAAUAACCGUUGUUAGAAGAAAACCCAACCUAAACCUAAUUGCGAGUUGAAGAGUAGAGCGUGAGCAACAAGCUUCUCCUCCAGUGGCUUCUUCUCCUCCAUUGAUGUGAGCUUCUCUUCUAUUCUUGUGAGCUUCUCUGCCAUUGAUGCCAUCUUCUCCUCUAUCGAGCUUCUGCGCUCUAUGUUGUGCGAGCUUCUUACCCUAACUCGUCUUCUCCGUGUCCGUUCUCACUUCUAGGUUUUUAUACAAAAUUCUCAUCCUCUUCUUCUUCAUCUUCUUUUGAUUCAUGAUUUGUUACUUCUUCUCUGGUUAUUACUAUUCUUUCGAUUCCUUGUUUUAUGUGUGUGUGAGUUACGUUGGUGUCGCAGAAUUCAAAAACUACAUCGCCGCUGCUCUGCAAGCUUCUCCUCCAUCAAUGAUUCUUCCCCUCCAUCGGUGUCAUGUCCAUCAAUGCUUUUCCUCUGAUAGUACAUUUGCUUCUAUUGAUGUGAUUUGCGAGGUCAAUCUUCACAUCCACCAGCUGAAGAUAUGUGACUUUGGAAGUGCUAAAAUUUUGGUUGAUAGAGGCCGAAGGUUAAAAUUUUAUUCUUUGGCCAACAGAAAACAAUUCACAAGUUUCUCACACAACACAUGAAUAUCUUACAUCCUUUUGCACGCCUUCCUCUAUGCAAUGCCAUUGCAAGCACUAAUCCUUUUCCACCAUUAUUUUCUUACUUUCAAGGUAUUAGCCAAGCUAGUUACCUUGUUUUAUAUAUGAGAUAUAUGUGAUACUGUUAGAAAUUGGAGCCAAUCUAUGUGAAGACAUUUAGAAUUAAAAAAUCAUGUUAUAUUUUAUACUUUAUUUGUAUUGAAGUUAUUACUUUUGAUUUUUAAUACUAAAAAAUUCUAUGUUA